CUCGGCCGCCGUCGGCGCCGCGGCGCGUGCGGGGGGCGGGGCCGGCGGGUAGGGAAGAUGGCGGAGGCGUCGCCGCAGCCGGGCCGGUUCUUCUGCCACUGCUGCUCGGCCGAGAUCGCCCCGCGCCUGCCCGACUACAUCUGCCCACGGUGUGAGUCUGGUUUUAUUGAAGAGCUUCCUGAGGAGCCGAGGAAUGCUGACAAUGAGACCAGCUCCUCUACGUCAGCCACUGAUCAGAGCAGGCAUCCUUUUGAGAACGUGGAUCAGCACUUGUUCACCUUGCCCCCGGGCUAUGGCCAGUUUGCUUUCGGGUUCUUUGACGACAGCUUUGAGUUUCCCUUUGGGUCCAACGUGCAGCCGGAAGACAACCGGGACUCGGAGAACCGGCGGGAGCGCGAGCACCAGUCCCGGCACCGCUACGGCGCCAGGCAGCCCCGCGCCCGCCUGGCCACGCGCCGAGCCUCGGGCAGGCACGAGGGCGUCCCCACGCUGGAAGGAAUUAUCCAGCAGCUGGUCAAUGGAAUUAUUGCACCGACCACAAUUCCAAACCUAGGCCUGGGCCCUUGGGGAGUCCUGCACUCAAAUCCGAUGGACUAUGCCUGGGGUGCCAACGGCCUGGAUGCGAUUAUCACACAGUUACUGAAUCAGUUUGAAAACACUGGACCGCCGCCAGCGGACAAAGAGAAGAUCCAGGCCCUCCCCACCAUACAGAUCACACAGGAGCACGUAGAUUCCGGGUUGGAGUGCCCUGUGUGUAAGGAAGACUACACAGUCGGGGAGAACGUGCGGCAGUUACCGUGCAAUCACCUGUUCCAUGAUGGCUGCAUCGUCCCGUGGCUGGAGCAGCAUGACACGUGUCCCGUCUGCCGGAAAAGUUUAAGUGGACAAAACACUGCCACAAACCCCCCAGGACUCACAGGGAUGAACUUCUCGUCAUCCUCCUCCUCCUCCUCUUCCUCCAGCUCACCAAGUAAUGAAAACUCAUCGAACAACUCAUGAAUCUUAACGUACCCUCUGUCCCUGGGGCCCUUCCACUGUUCCCCCUCCCUCCCUGGCCACCGCGAGCAGCCAAAGGGGCUUCCAGAGCAGAGCGAGGGGAGGGGAUGAGGCAGGAGCAGUGCCCCCAGAAUUUCCUUUUGAUUUCUGAAGACACGGAGACACUGGGUCCUUCAGAGAUGAGAAGCCUCAAGUUCUGUGAUGAAAAAGGGGGGAAAGAGCUCUGUCUGUCAAUAAAAACAUCCUCUUUGCGUGGACUUUACCCAUUGCAGUGCGAGGCUGCUGCGCUCCCCGGCUGAGAACCCCGAGGUGCUGAGCGAGUGGUUGAAUCCCGAAUGGAAAGGUUGUUUGUAUGGGUUUGAAUUUGAGAUCCCUUUCUUUUAUUUCUUUUGCUCCUCCUCCCCUUGGAUACUAUCUUUUCUGCUUUGGAGAUUGACGUCUAAAAUGGAAGUAUAAGGAUGCUGCCUCCCCCCAGGAUCACCAUCUGGGGAGGACCAAUAGCUGUCACUGAAACAGGAACUCUCAAGUAGACCCCGGGAUCCUUCCCUGUCCCAUCUCGAGUCCCUUUUAUUUCUCUUUAUAACCUCGCCCGCUGAUACUCAACACUGAAAGGGGUUUUUAUAAUCUUAAAUUAUUACUGUUGUCAAUAAAUGGACAUUUCAGCUCUGCGA